AACGUCAAGGGUCCGCGCGACGCCGCCCGCAGCCGCCUCUUCCAGCGCCUCGGCAUGAUGCUGCGCACGGCCGCCCGCGAGGGGGGCCCGGACCCAGCGCUCAACACCCAGUUGGCCAACGUGGUGGAGCAGUGCCGGGCCAAGAACAUGCCCAAGGCCUCCAUCGAGGCAGCCAUCCGUGGUGCGGAGAGAUCAGCGGCAGCAGCGUCCCGGCUCCUCUACGAAGCCCGUGGCCCCGGUGGCUCGGCUCUUCUCCUGGAGGUCCUCACCGACAACCCCCGGCGCAGCCAGCAAGAUGUCCGCCUCAUCCUCACCCGCAAUGGGGGGACCAUGGCCGAGGGGUCACGCCACGGCUUCGAGCAGAAGGGGGUGGUGCGCGUGGGGCCACGGGACCUUCAGGGCCACCCCGUCUCCCUGGAGGCCGCGCUGGAGGCAGCGGUGGAGGCCGGGGCCCAGGACGUCUGCCCGGACGAGGAUGAGGAGGAAGAGGAGGAGCCGGCGCUGAAGUUCAUCUGCGAGACCUCGGCCCUGAGGACCGUGCGGGAGCGUCUGGAGGCCUCGGGGCUGCGCCCGCUCUCGGCCGCCAUCGAGUACUUGCCCCGGGACCGGGUGACGUUGCCGGAGGGGACGCGGGAGCAGGCGGAACGUCUCCUCCAGGCCCUGGGCGACUGCCCCGACAUCGUCCGCCUCUACCACAACAUCCAAUAGGACAUGGGGGGGGGGGGGGGG